AUGGACUACUUCAUAGAAAUAGAAGACAAAAGGUCUCAUGAUCCUUUUUUCAACAAAAACAACAAGAUGAUGAAGAGAUGUGUAUACGUUGAGGGACCGGUGAUCAUUGGAGCAGGGCCGUCAGGACUAGCGGCUGCAGCAUGUUUGAAGCAAAAAGGAGUUCCAAGUUUGGUAUUAGAGAGAUCCAAUUGCAUAGCUUCUUUAUGGCAACUCAAGACUUAUGAUCGUCUCUGCCUUCAUUUGUCUAAGCAAUUCUGUGAACUUCCUCUCAUGUCAUUCCCCGAAGAUUUCCCGACUUACCCCACGAAGAACCAGUUUAUUAAGUACUUGGAGCUAUAUGCCAUUACAUUUGAUAUUAGGCCCGUUUUCAAUCAAACGGUUGUAUGUGCUAAUUACGAUCAGAAUCUCGGGUUCUGGAGGGUGAGGACGGACACAACAGAAUAUGUUAGCCGGCAGCUAAUCGUGGCGACGGGGGAGAAUGCAGAGGCAGUGGUACCUGGAAUUGAAGGAAUGGAGCAAUUUGGUGGAAGUAUAAUGCAUGCAAGCUUGUAUAAAAGUGGGGAAAAUUUUAGAGGGAAAAAGGUGUUGGUAGUUGGAUGUGGGAAUUCAGGAAUGGAGGUGUGUUUGGAUCUAUGUAAUCAUGAUGCAAGCCCUUCCCUCGUGGUUAGAAAUACUGUGCACGUUCUACCACGAGAGAUGCUGGGGAAAUCAACUUUUGGGUUAUCCAUGUGGUUACUAAAGUGGUUGCCCGUGCGACUUGCCGAUCGAUUUCUGUUGAUUAUUUCGUGGUUAUUGCUUGGUGACACAGCUCGACUCGGCUUGGUUCGGCCUAAGAUAGGGCCACUAGAGCUAAAAAACUUGUCUGGAAAAACCCCAGUGCUUGACGUUGGGACACUUGCUAAGAUUAAAAGUGGUGACAUUAAGGUAUGUUCUGGAAUUAGGAGAUUAUUAAAGCAUCACAUGGUGGAAUUUGUGAAUGGGCAAACGGAAGAAUUUGAUGCAAUAAUCAUGGCAACUGGUUACAAAAGCAAUGUGCCAUCGUGGCUAAAAGAAACAGAGAUGUUCUCAGAAAAAGAUGGUCUACCAAAAAGGCCAUUUCCCAAUGGGUGGAAAGGAGAGUGUGGGCUUUAUGCAGUGGGAUUCACCAAACGUGGCUUGCUUGGUGCUUCCAUGGAUGCCAAGAAAAUUGCUGAGGAUAUUCAUCAAUAUUUUCAAUGAAAUAUACGUAUCACUUGAAAAUGUUAAUCCCCUCAAAAAGAAAUUGAGAGAAAAAAGAAAAAACACAGUUAUUGUAUUUGGUAAAAAAAAAAAAAGUACUAAUAGCAUUAUCUUCUAUUAAAAUAGUUAAAAAUAUCCUUAAAUCUACUUUUGGUUGAUGGGGACUGGUUCCUC